CUUGAAUCAAAAGGUGAUGAAGCACAACGUAAGAAUGCUACACUUGAAGCUGAACUUCAACGAACUAAAGAACGCCUUUCAGAUAAUCAGGCUGCACUUCGUAAAUUACAUGAAUUAGCGCAGGAUACUUCGCGUGAGUUAGAAAAAGAGAAAAGAACUCGUUCACUUUCUCCAGGUCGUACGCCACUUCCACCAUCAGAAGCUUUACGCAGUGUUCGUAAUAUCAUUCGUAAUAAAGAUAGCCAAAUACAACAAUUGGAGAGAAAAUUAAAAAUUGUUGAAGGCCAGGUGAAAGAAUUCGUGAAUAAAUUCGAACAUGCUGAUGAAGCUCGACGUUAUCUAGACAAACAUCUAGCUGAAAGCAAACGUGACCUAACAAAUCAGUAUGAAAUUUUAAACAAAUUCAAAUGA